CUUCAGGGUUCAAGGAACCCCUCCAUGGCUGGGAGAGAGAGGUGAGGAAACUUCAGCACCAAGGAUAGAGACACAGACCUACCAUGAUGUGCCAUUCCACUCCAGCAAUCUUAAUGGUUUUUGCCAUCCUUCUCUUUCGAGGAAUCUGUGCUCAGGAGUUCCCUAUUCACACUCAACAGCACCAUAAUGAUCAGUACUGGUACCAUACCACAAGGGAUCAAAUCCCAGUGAUCAGUGGCGGAACCUGCAAGGUGAUUGCUGUUCGCCGCUGCUGUAACCGCAACCACAUUGAGGAACGAUCCCAAACCAUCCAGUGCUCCUGCCUCCCAGGAAAAGUGGCUGGGACAACCCGUGGCAAACCUUCGUGUGUGGAUACCUCCAUUGUAACCGGAAAGUGGUGGUGUGACAUGGAGCCCUGCCAGAUCGAAGAGGAGUGCAAAGCGUUGCCUGACAAUUCUGGCUGGAUGUGUUCACUAGGAAAUCGUGUCAAAACUACUAAGAUCCACCCCAGGCACUAAAAUCCACAACACAGAAGAAUCCAUCUCCCAAAGGGAUCAAUACAGAUAACUGACAACGGCCAAGGACUUUGCUACAAAUGCCAGCGGGAAAUGCAAUUCCUAACACUGCCACUAGGGAGGCCAGAAUUGUGGGUGAAGCAAACAAAGGAAGUUACACUGCUCAAAUAACUGCAAGGGGGGAAAUCAAGUGAUCUGAGAGGGCAGGUGCUUGUAUCCAGAUUGGGCUUUGGUGCCUUUGUAAGGGGUGCUGCUGUGCUUGGCUGGGAGUGGAAUCAAAUAUCUUUUCACCUUCAUCACAGCAGAGGCUCAAAUCCAUGCCACUGGAUUAAUAGCAAUGCAGCAAGUCAGCUGACUCCUUUUGUGCCUCCUCAAUGCAACAUACACAUCUAACUCCCUCCCUCUUGGCAGACAUCUAAUUAAACUCUCCAGGACAGAAGCCAAAGAGCCCAUUUGUAUUUACACCUGUAACAGAUAAUACAUACAACAUUUCUUUUAAAAGAUCUUGAAACACAAGCAAGCCAUAGUUAAGGGGAUUUGCAGUUCAACAAGUCUGCUAUAUCUAGGUCUGGUUUUAUAUAUAAAGAUGGUUUGCACCCCGUUUUAAUGAGCAUCACAGCAAAUCCAUUUCUUUUUUUUAAAAAAGGAUUUUUCUCAUGUUAGUAAGCUUUUGUAUAAAAGGCAAGGGUGUAUGGCCCACUAGGACCCAGCAUUAAGAACUUGUAAAACUGCAACCACAAUUAUUUUUGAGGAUUGGAGGCAGUUUGGCUCAGAUGCAGAGGAUCCGGUCAACCUGAGUCACAACGAGCUUCAUAUCUUUCUGCAUCCACAACUAGAGGGCUGGUUUCCAGCAUGAUGGGUGGAAAUUGUAGGCGGACCAGAAGCUCUAUCACUUUCUCUGUCCCUCCAACCUGUCUUGGUCAAUAACGUUAAAGAUGCUGGAGGCUGAUGCAUCACAUUAUUAGGGUAAACCUUGGCUCCAGGGCAGACCUGUGCGACCUGGGACCCAUUAAGCUGAAUGCAGCCCACCAGCCAUGUUAUUACUGCA